AUGGACUCCCCCAUCACCUCUGUGGAGUCCUUUCGUUUCCUGGGCACCACCAUCACCCAGGACCUCAAGUGGGAGCCGACCAUCAGCUCCCUCAUCAAGAAGGCCCAGCAGAGGAUGUACUUCCUGUGGCAGCUCAUGAAAGCCAAGCUGCCUGCACAGAUGUUGGUGCAGUUCUACACGGCCAUCAUCGAGUCCAUCCUCACCUCCUCCAUCACCGUGUGGUUCGCUGGAGGCACAGUCAGGGCCAAGCAGAGGCUACAGCUGCGCGCUCUGCAGAGAAGUCACACUGCAGAGGACACACAAGCAGACACACAAGCGGACACACUGGGCUGUUCCUCUUUUUCUGUGAAAAUGAGAUCUACGAAGAACCUGUCCUUCCUCAUAUUCGUGGCUUUUGCUGUUUUAUUGCUGUUACUCAAAGAUAAGAACAAUCCUGACAAUGAUACAGUUCAGAAAAGGUUUAAAACAACUAUUGAUGAAAAGGAAACAGCCUCAAAGAUGAGCUCUUACGUUUACUCAUGGCCCAAGUGUGAACCAAACACAUCUGCAGCCAACAUCUCAGGCUUCCACACUCUGCCAGCUCAUAUUCAAAACUUUCUCUUCUACCGCCACUGUCGACACUUCCCCAUGAUCCUGGACAUUCCCGACAAGUGCGGCGGCCCGGGAAAAUCAUCCGACGUUUUUCUAUUUCUGGUCAUUAAAAGUUUACCGGGAAACUAUGAGCGGAGAGAGGUCCUGCGCAAAACAUGGGCCCAGGAACGGAAAGUCAACAAUUUACAGAUCCGAAGGGUUUUUAUCUCUGGGACGUCGGGCGGUGGCGAAGAGAAGAUGAGACUAAACAAGCUUCUACGAGCAGAAAAUAAGUUAUAUUCUGACAUUCUUCAGUGGGAUUUUCAGGAUUCCUUCUUUAACCUCACCCUGAAGCAGAUUCUGUUUCUGGAGUGGAUGGAGAGAAACUGCCCCAAAGCUCGCUUCCAUUUUAAUGGCGACGAUGAUGUCUUUGUCAACACAAACAACAUGGUGGAGUAUCUCCACGACCUCCAGGACAACGAUGGCAGCAAGCAUCACUUUAUCGGGCAUCUGAUCGAGAAUGUAGGCCCUAUCAGAUCACCAGUGAGUAAGUACUAUGUUCCAGUCCAGGUGGAGGAAUCUAACCACUAUCCUCCGUACUGCGGCGGAGGAGGCUUCAUACUCUCCGGCUUCACGGCUUUAGUCAUUUACAACAUGUCCUUGUCCACACGGCUGCUUCCUAUUGAUGAUGUUUACAUGGGCAUGUGUCUGGCCAGGGCCGGCUUACGUCCUCAGGCACACAUGUUAGUGAGGACUGCAGGACUUCACAUCCCGUCCAAAGUGGAUGGACACGACCCGUGCAUUUACAGAGACGUCCUGUUGGUGCACCGCUUCCUGCCCUGGCACAUAUUUCUCAUGUGGGUUCAAAUAAAUGAUCCUGGUCUAAACUGCAGUUCUUCUUCCAACAUUUCCAACACAAGAUGGCAGAAAUGA